CACGGCGAACGAACGUGCCGCGGCAAGCCGGCAACCCAGCCCCCCGCUUGCGGAACGCCACAGCUCCCCCCCUCCGCUUUGGCUUCGCGGCGCCCACACGGCGACGCCUCGGAUUCGCACCCUGCGACCCGGCGCACACGUCACACCAACCGGCGCGGCACGCCACGCCGGCCGCGCGAGGCGAUGCCCGGCCGGAUCGCGGCGUGCUUCCGCUGCGCCGCGGCGGCGGCGCCGUCCUCGGGCGCCGGCGCGGCGGGGCCCAGCCUCGCGACCUCCGUCUACGAGACCCACCUCGGCCUCGUCGCGCUCUCCUGGUCCCGCACCUCGCUCGGCCUCUCCCUCCGCGCCGUGCUCCGCCUGUCGCCGCUGCCCCACUCCGCGCCCGGCUCCUCCUCCUCGGCGUCCGGGGCGGGCUACCUCGACGACGACGCGGACGAGGAGGAGGCCACCCUCGCCUUCCGCGCCCGCCCCUGGCUCCUCUGGCGCCGGCGCGGGACCCGCCGGUUCCGCGCCGGGGACCGCCUCGUCGACCUCGCCUGGGACCUCUCGCGCGCGCGGUUCCCGGGCUCCGGGUCCCCCGAGCCCUCCUCGGGCUUCUUCGUCGCCGUGGUCGUCGACGGCGAGAUGGUCCUCGCGGCCGGGGACCUGCCCGACGCCGCGUACCGGAGGACCCGCGCCCGGCGCCCGCCUGGUAGCCGGCGCCCCGUCCUCCUCUCCAGGCGGGAGCACGUCUCGCUGCGCGACGCCGGCGCCGGCCGCGGCCGCAGCCACACGACCUGGGUGACCGUCCAGGGCAAGGAGCGGGAGAUCUCCGUGGAUCUCGUGGCCCGCGGCCGCGGCAGGGACAACGGCGCCGCCAGCAGGGACAAGGACAAGGACAAGGAGCGGGCGGACGUCGGCAUGUCGGUCUCCGUCGACGGCGAGCGCGUGCUCCACGUCCGGCGGCUGCGCUGGAAAUUCCGCGGCAGCGAGCGGGUCGACCUCGGCGGCGGCGGCGGCGUCCAGGUCUCCUGGGACCUCCACAACUGGCUCUUCCCCCCGCGCGAUCCGCCCCCCGCGGACGCCUCGGCGCACGCCCACGCCCACGCCCACGCGGUGCUCGUCUUCCGGUUCGACCUCGCCAGCGGCGGCGGCGGCGGCGACGAGGAGCGCGACGCCGAUUUGGGGCAGGACCCCUCCCCCGACAAGGCCGCGAGGCGGAACACGGGCGUCUGGGGAGGGUACCUCGCGCGGUGGGGGCAGCGGGACUGGAGCGAGGCGGGCAGCAACGGGGAGCGGAGGAAGGGGCGAGUGCGGAGGCUCGCCAAGGAGAGCUCGUCUUCGUCGGCGUCCGUGGCGUCCUCGACGGCGUCGUGGGCCAGCGGCUCCACGGUGAUGGACUGGGCCAGCCCCGAGGAGGCCGAGAUGCAGCGCGGCGACGGGUUCUCGCUGCUGAUCUACGCCUGGAAGAGCUAACACCACCGCCGCCGGCGCGCGCGGCAUGGCUCGGAUCGGCGCAUUCGUCAUCUCCGGAUUGUUGUAGGUUGCAAUGUUCCUGUGCAGUUAGAAGAUUGAGUUGAGCUUGCAUUACGGUAGCGCCAUUACUAAGUGAGGUGAGCAGCUAGUGUUGAAUUUUUUCCCCAUUACUAGUAAAAUUCGCAUCUCCUGAUAGAUUAGUGGAUCAGAUUUAGGACAUUUUGAACAGAUUGCAGUCAGUUUUUUUACCUUAAAUUAUCCAACGACAGCUGCCCCAGCAUCUUGUUUUGUGCCCGUAUUGUGUAUCUCAUGUGUCACAUACUACCUGCUGAAAAAGCGAAUCUAAUCUAGUAGUAUCAAUCAA